AUGUGGGAGAGUGGGUGUUUGAUUGUGGAUGUGGAAGUGCGCGGAUGUGGAUGUGGAUGUGGAAGUGUCAGAAAGCUGUGCAAAUUGAGAGAUUCACAGCUGAGAAAAGAAUUACGAGCUGCGUUAAAAAUAAUCAUAAACUCAAGAAGAGCAACAGCUUACAAAAUGAUUGCAGAAAUUCGAACUCAAAGUUGGGAAUACUACUACAAACAUUGA